CAACUUCCGGUUAAUCGACUUUCUACUUUCACUUUGUCAGAAACACGCUGUAAAACUUAUAAUUCAUGAAAACGCUACUUCGUCAACGUUGCACCGAGAUGGUAGACAUUGCACAGAGAUGUGUAGGGGCAGUUGUUGGAUCUUUAGUGGCAGAUGCAGCAGCUAUGCCAGUACACUGGAUCUACGAUGUAGGGAAAAUGAAAAAGGUUGUAGAAGAUUGUCAGCAGAAGCCAGAGUUCCUGCCUGAAAGUCGCUGUCCUUUUUACUCUCUCCCAACUGGUAGAUACAGCAGCUAUGGGGAUCAGACAUUUGUUUUGCUGAAGUCUAUGGUAGAAAACAAAGGAUUAAACACAGACCAUUACAAGAAAUCCCUCUAUGAAAGGUUUGGCCCCAAAUCUGCUUAUGAAAUUGACCUGGGUCAUCCUAGAACCAAAGACGAUUUGCCAAUCCCAGGGCCCUGGAGACCAGCAUCACUGACAGAAUUUAUAAAGAAUUAUGACGAAGGAUUGACCAAGACUGGAAAAGCCACUGACGCACAGGCAGAUGGAUUUUCCAAGGUGGCACCAUUGGUAGCACUGUAUGCAGGAAACACUGCCAAGCUUGUCCAGGAAGUGGAAAAAGCAAUCCGGGUCACUCAGGAGGAUGCUAUUGCUGUUGAAUGUGGAUUGGCUGCUGCCAGUAUACUGGAAAAGUGUGUCCUUGGGAAAUCCAUAGAGGUGGCUGUCCGUGAGACACUCGAGUCCAGCAAUACAGACGUAAAAGCUUACAUACAGAAAGCUAUCGAUGGCAAAACAACACCUCAUACAGACUUUGUACAUCAAGUUGGAUCCAGUUGCAAGGUCCCUGGUAACUUUACCAACUCGGUUCACUGCCUACUUAACUCUAAUGGAGAGUUCCGUGACACUGUCGUCAUGACAAUAGUCCCCGGUGGCUGUAACUGCAGCAGGUGUGGCUUUGUGGGGGCUACUCUGGGGGCCGUCAAUGGAUUUAAGGCUAUACCAGAGGACUGGAUCAGCAAAACCUCCAACGGACAUGACCUGGUCAACUUUGCAAAUCAACUUGUUGGUUUAAGAGAAGGCUAAAACAAUUUUUCAUUUCAAUUUAUGGAAGUUUUCGCUUUAACAUAUAGACAGUACCUAAGGUGACAAUACCCUAAAUGGAUCACCAAUCUAUUGUUUUCUUCAUUCAUUGAAAAUUCUGUGGAUAAAUUAUAUAAGUUUAUGGUUGUAUCAAAAGAAGGAUUAUCCAUGGGUGUUCUUAGCAACAAAAUACUCACCCAGGGCUAACGUUGGAACGCUCUGACUUCACCAAUAAUCAUUUACGUUUUUUGCAAAUGUCAGUACCAAGAACGGAUCACGGCUUUAUUUUGCACUACAAAUGAACAUUUUUGUCAGCAUUUAACAUUUUAUAAUGAUCUUUGAAAUUUGUAUGAAUCCAAAUAUUUUUAUAGUUUGAAUUACUUCUACAGUCUGAAACAAAAUGUAUAGUAGUACUCUCGCAUGCCAUUUUCUAACAAGGUGAACAUAAAAAAAAAAAAAAUUGAGUUUGAAAUACAUCUUCUGAUGCUAUUUGAACUUAAAAAUUAACAAUCUCUAAACAUUAAAUGAUGCAUAACUAUAUAUUAUAAGAACACAUUAUUGUAAUAACUUUACUGUUGACACAUCGGUUAUUUCCGGAAGGAUGAAAAACAGCCGGAAAAUCUUGUAACAGAUGUCCGUUGCAUUUAUCUCUUUUUCUGUGCCUUAGGUCUUUUUAUUAUUUCUGUUUUUGUAACAGGCACAAAAAGUAAAAAUGUGAAUAUUUUCUGAAGACCCUCUUUGUCAUCAACCAGUUCUGUUAAUAUUUCUAUCGGGAGAUAUCUUCAUCUUUCUUCUUCUAAUAUUUCAUCAGCUUUUGAUUUCUAGUUGUUGAGAAUAUGAACGAAAUAAUUAACAUUUUCUAAAGUCUUGUUAUAGUCUUAACAUAAUUUAUUUAUGCAUCAUCACUCGUAAGAGAAACAAUAUUGCAUUUACGUUGAAAUCAACAAUGAUUUUCCAGACCACCAACCCAAGUUUAGCACUCCUUUUCUUACCCAGUAUUAUCUCAUUCUGAACAAGUAAAUAUCAGAUAUCAACAAAUUUUAAGUGCAAUGCUCUUUUUAGGCUUUGCCUUUUCAUAUUAUGUGCAACUAUGACAAUUUUAAUUUGCCAUGGACUUUCAAAACAAUUUUUACAAAACUUUUCCAUCCAGAUGUUUAUUCGUGAAUGUACCUGUCUAUACAGUGGUAAUAUGCUUUAAUCUAACCAAUGAAUACCUUUACAAUUGUUUUUCCUAAAUAAAUUGCUCUUAUAAAAAAGAUAUGAUUU